AUGAGCACUACAGAUGACCAUGCCAGAGCACUUCUCACCGAAUCUCUUAUGUUCUUGCCACAUGCGCCAAUUGAAGCAGUAUACGGUGUGAUGGCUAGAAUAGUUCAGCUUUCAUCGCAGAUAUUACAUAUAGAAUUGCCUCCUAGUGAAUUUAUUUCUCUCAUUACGUUGCUUAACCAACGGCCUAGUCACUUUCUAGUAAUUUCCAUUUUUAGGGUACUUUCGGUGAUCCAUUUAAACAACGAACAGAUAGUUGCGCUUUUGGCGUGCCAUCACAAGCAGAUGCCAGCUGAUAGUGUAUAUUCCACCACAUUUAAUUGGUCAUUUUUAGAAACCCCAAUUGCUGUGAAGAGUAAUUUUAUACGCUUUAUAGGCAAUACAGUACUUUAUAAAAGACUACCAAGAUCAGAAGACUCAGAUGCAAAAGUGAACAAUUACACAUCGUUUGAUGUAGUUCAAGUUCUGUUUUUUUUAUUUGAUGAUGAAAACAAGUCAAUUCGCUUAAAAAGCUAUAAAUACGCAUGUGCAAUUGUUAGAAGAGAGAGAAGCAGUUGGAGUGUAGAGGAAAAAAAGAAAUAUCGGGCGUUAAUGUCCCAGUUUGGAAAAGAGUGCCUACGUGUUUUAAAAAACGAGCACAAACUAAAAAAGCUUAAUAAACAGCGUGUAGAUAUAACAACG